AUGGAAAGUUACGUCAGGGGAUUAGAAGCUUUAGGUCAGACACAAGAAACAUACGGCACUCUACUUGUUCCGAUUAUUAUGAAGAAAUUACCCGGGGAAAUCAGACAACAUCUCGCGCGAGAACAUAGAAUACAAACUUGGGUAUUACGGGACCUCCGUAAAAGCCUUUUAGAUGAGAUCAAUAUAAUAGACGCAGGACAAGAGAUAGAGUCGACAAACCAUUUGCCCACAACAUCGUCUUUCUUUGCCGGAGCGAACUCGGCAAAGUCCAAAUCUUUCAAGAAUAUUGAGACAAGACCUUGCGUUUUCUGUCAUGAAAUACACGCACCUACUUAUUGCAGUAAUAUAACCGACACGGAAUCCCGCAUGAACGUAGUAAAACGAGAUAAGUUAUGCUUUAACUGCCUUGGUAACCACAAAAUUAACGAAUGUAAAUCUGAGAAUACAUGUAGAUAUUGUAACAGAAAACACCAUACAAGCUUAUGUAAUGCCCACAAAUCAAACGCCAUAAAACCAGGUAAUGAAGAAAGCGAUAGAAAUGGAGGUAAUACUUCAACGCAUACGAAUUUCCGCGCAAAUGAUAACCAGAGCAACAACCCGCUAAACCCGCUAAACCCGCUAAACCCGCCAAACCCGCCAAACCCGCCAAACCCAUCAUCUUUGAAUUCGACAAACGUUCACCUCGUAAAUGAUAGUCAUACAACGGAACAAGAUACUACCAUUUUGUUUUCAAAAUCGAAAGAAUCACGAUCAAAUGUACUGUUGAAAACCGCCGUAGCACAAGUUGGAGCGAACCAACACUUUAUGGAUACAAACAUUCUCCUUGACGAAGGAGCGCAAAGAUCGUUUUUAACGCAGGAAGUAGCGAAUAAACUUCACUUACAGAUAGAGGGAACAGAAAUUACACAGUUAUCGGCAUUUGAAGGUAAAGAGAAAACCGCGAGACAUUUAGAAAACACAACAGUCUACCUGAAAACCGACGCAGGACACGUAUUGCCAAUCAAAGUACUGAUAGUACCGAUGAUCGCCACGCCUCUACAGAAUCACAUACGUAAUAUUGAUACACAGAACGGUUAUUUACGUGGUUUGAAGUUAGCACACACGAUGACGCAGCAAGAUUCGUUUGAUAUAUCCUUGCUUGUAGGUGCAGAUCACUACUGGGACAUUGUAGAAGACCAUAUAGUACGAGGAAACGGUCCAACCGCUGUGAAAUCCAAGAUCGGAUAUUUGCUCUCGGGACCUACAUACAGUAAGAAAACUAACACGUCGAAAACUAGCAAUACGGAAUAUGGAAAUAUUACUCAAGACCAAGAACGAUGGGACUUCCCAGAAAAGACGAAUGAAACAACAGAACCUCCAAGAAAACUACGUUACAAUCGUGAUUUUCCAACACAGAAGGAACCCAGUAUCACAUCUAACAGAAUUGUUUAUGACUCUAUAAAAAGGAAAAGAUGGAAAUACGGAUAUCUUACGCCGUUACUUGAAUUUCAUGGGACAAAAAUUCAAUAA